GAACAAGCGACUGGUUAUAUAUGGACACAACGUUUUUCAUUCAGCAUCAUUUCACAGAACCACCACGAGAGAUAAGAUUAAAAAGAUCGACGCUUUGCUACGCACGUUUAUAGCAACGGCAAGGCCGCUGAUUACUAAAGGAGCAUCACUGUUCAGACUUCCAUUCAGAGAUCUGAUUCAAACACAAAGAUGAAGUUGUUGUGGGUUGUGUUGCUCGUGGUCGGCACCGUGUUUGCCGAUGACGAUGAUAAAAAAGAUAGUGUGGGGACCGUGAUUGGAAUAGACCUGGGGACCACCUACUCAUGUGUUGGAGUCUUCAAGAAUGGCCGUGUGGAGAUCAUCGCCAACGAUCAGGGAAACCGCAUCACUCCAUCAUACGUCGCUUUCACCAGUGAGGGUGAGCGUCUGAUCGGUGACGCUGCAAAGAACCAGCUGACCUCUAACCCAGAGAACACAGUUUUUGAUGCCAAGAGGUUGAUUGGCCGCACUUGGGGUGACUCCUCCGUGCAGCAGGACAUCAAAUACCUACCAUUUAAGGUCCUGGAGAAGAAAAGCAAACCCCAUAUCCAGGUUGACAUUGGCAGUCAGAUGAAAACAUUUGCUCCAGAGGAGAUCUCAGCCAUGGUGCUGACUAAAAUGAAGGAGACUGCUGAGGCGUACCUGGGCAAGAAGGUCACACAUGCUGUAGUCACUGUUCCUGCUUACUUCAAUGAUGCCCAGCGACAGGCCACUAAGGAUGCUGGAACCAUUGCUGGGCUGAAUGUCAUGAGAAUCAUCAAUGAGCCAACUGCUGCUGCCAUUGCCUAUGGGUUGGACAAGAAGGAUGGCGAGAAGAACAUUCUGGUGUUUGAUCUCGGUGGCGGUACCUUUGACGUCUCCCUUCUGACCAUUGAUAAUGGAGUGUUUGAAGUAGUAGCUACAAAUGGUGACACUCACCUUGGAGGUGAAGACUUUGACCAGCGUGUCAUGGAGCAUUUCAUCAAGCUGUACAAGAAGAAAACUGGUAAAGAUGUACGCAAAGACAACCGUGCUGUGCAGAAGCUGCGACGUGAGGUUGAAAAGGCUAAGAGGGCGCUGUCUGCUCAGCACCAGGCUCGCAUUGAAAUAGAGUCCUUCUUUGAGGGAGAAGACUUCUCUGAAACCCUGACACGUGCCAAAUUUGAAGAGCUCAAUAUGGAUCUGUUCCGUUCGACCAUGAAACCUGUACAGAAGGUGCUGGAAGAUGCUGACCUGAAGAAGUCUGACAUUGACGAGAUUGUACUGGUCGGAGGCUCGACCCGUAUCCCAAAAGUCCAGCAGCUGGUGAAAGAGUUCUUCAAUGGCAAAGAGCCAUCUAGGGGCAUCAACCCUGAUGAGGCUGUGGCAUACGGUGCUGCUGUGCAAGCUGGAGUCCUCUCUGGAGAGGAAGACCCUGGUGAUGUGGUUCUUCUGGAUGUGUGCCCCCUGACCCUUGGUAUUGAGACUGUUGGAGGAGUCAUGACCAAGCUGAUCCCCAGGAACACUGUGGUACCCACCAAGAAGUCUCAGAUUUUUUCUACUGCCUCUGAUAACCAGCCUACAGUCACCAUCAAGGUCUAUGAAGGUGAGCGUCCCCUGACAAAAGACAACCAUCUGCUUGGCACCUUUGACCUGACUGGGAUUCCUCCUGCCCCCCGUGGUGUACCACAGAUUGAGGUCACCUUUGAGAUUGACGUAAACGGCAUUCUGCGAGUUACUGCUGAGGAUAAAGGCACAGGCAACAAGAACAAGAUCACAAUCACGAAUGACCAGAACCGCCUGACUCCAGAGGAUAUUGAGCGAAUGGUGAAUGAUGCAGAGCGUUUCGCUGAUGAAGACAAGAAACUGAAAGAGCGAAUUGAUGCCCGCAAUGAGCUGGAGAGUUAUGCCUAUUCACUGAAGAACCAGGUGGGUGACAAAGAGAAGCUGGGUGGCAAGUUGUCAAAUGAAGACAAGGAAACCAUUGAGAAGGCAGUAGAGGAGAAAAUUGAGUGGAUGGAGUCCCACCAAGAUGCUGAGCUGGAAGACUUCCAGGCUAAGAAGAAAGAGCUGGAGGAGGUGGUCCAGCCGAUUAUCAGUAAGCUUUAUGGCAGUGCGGGUGGACCACCCCCUGAAGGUGAAACUGACCAAGAGAAGGAUGAGUUGUAGGCAGGUGUGCAUUCUUCUCAAGGCCUCUCUGGUAGUGGCAUCUAGAUGUACAUAUUGGACUGAUGGGACUCAAUAGUGAGCUUAAUGGCUGUAAUGUGGUGGCAGUAACAACUGACCAUACUGGAUCCUCUGAAAAGACUUUAAAAUUCAGUGUGAGAGGUGUCCUUCGCUGGAGGGCGGAGAUAAUUCAUCAGCCCAGAUUUGAGGCUUGCUGCUGUUCUCAGGCAGUUCUGUAGUGGGUUGGGUGGGUGUGGUUUUUGUGGGGCAUCUAUGGGUUCAAGGGCUCAACAUUCACAAGCAGUGCUGAAAAGUUAUUUAUUGAAUCUGGUCAUUGUACAUGUUAACAGAUACUGAAAUAAAUGUUUGAUACAAAAUUA